ACGGACAUGAUAGCACUGUACAACUUUUACUGAGUAAUGGAGCAGACAUUGAUUUAUGCAAGAAAAACGGAGUCAGUCCUCUCUCUAUAGCUUCUGAAAACGGACAUGAGAGCACUGUACAACUUUUACUGAGUAAUGGAGCAGACAUUAAUUUAUGUGACGAGAACAGAACCAGUCCUAUCUAUAUAGCUUGUCAAAACGGACAAGACAGCAUUGUACAACUUUUACUGAGUAAAGGAGCAGACAUAAAUUUAUGCAACAAAAACGGAGUCAGUCCUACCUAUAUAGCUUGUCAUAACGGACAUGAUAGCACUGUACAACUUUUACUGCUUAAUGGAGCAGACAUUGAUUUAUGCAAGAAAAACGGAGUCAGUCCUCUCUCUAUAGCUUGUGAAAACGGACAUGAGAGCACUGUACAACUUUUACUGAGUAAUGGAGCAGACAUUAAUUUAUGUGACGAGAACGGAACCAGUCCUCUCUAUAUAGCUUGUCAAAACGGACAUGAUAACAUCGUACAACUUUUACUGAGUAAAGGAGCAGACAUUAAUUUAUGUGACGAGAACGGAACCAGUCCUCUCUAUAUAGCUUGUCAAAACGGACAUGAUAACAUUGUACAACUUUUACUGAGUAACGGAGCAGACAUUAAUUUAUGUGACGAGAACGGAACCAGUCCUAUCUAUAUAGCUUGUCAAAACGGACAUGAUAGCACUGUACAACUUUUACUGAGUAAUGAAGCAGACAAUAAUUUAUGCAAGAAAAACGGAGUCAGUCCUCUCUAUAUAGCUUGUCAAAACGGACAUGAUAACAUUGUACAACUUUUACUGAGUAAUGAAGCAGACAUUAAUUUAUGUGACAAGAACGGAACCAGUCCUAUCUAUAUAGCUUGUCAAAACGGACAUGAUAGCACUGUACAACCUUUACUGAGUAACGGAGCAGACAUUAAUUUAUGUGACGAGAACGGAGCCAAUCCUCUCUUAAUAGCUUGUCAAAACGGACAUGAUAACAUCGUACAACUUUUACUGAGUAACGGAGCAGACAUUAAUUUAUGUGACGAGAACGGAACCAGUCCUAUCUAUAUUGCUUGUCAAAACGGACAUGAUAGCAUUGUACAACUUUUACUGAGUAAUGGAGCAGACAUUAAUUUAUGUAAGAAAAACUGAGUCAGUCCUCUCUAUAUAGUUUGUCAAAACGGACAUGAUAGCACUGUACAACUUUUACUAAGAAAGGGAGCAGACAUUAAUUUAUGCAACAAAAACGGAGCCAGUUCUCUCUAUAUAGCUUGUUUUAAUGGAUGUGAUAGCACUGUACAACUUUUACUGAGGAAUGGAGGACAACAUUAAUCUAUGUACGAAAGACAGAGUCAGCCCUCUUAUUUGAGCUUUGUGAAUAGACAUUAUGAAACUUUUAAUAUUUGACUCAUCAACGCUGCAGACACUAGCCUGGCUUGUGGAUGAGAAGUAAAUCGCGCCUUGGAUGAAUGCUUUGAUAAAUUAGACUGCACAGUGGUAUUUUUACUACAAAAAGACAACAUUCCAAAUAACAUGUAUGACCUGGAUUCGUAUUUUUCUCUGUUUGUAUCAUAUCAGGUAGAAAGAGCGGAAAGAAUGAUAUUUUUAGAACAAGUCUAAAUGGUUUCACGAUCAUAUAAAAUUUAUAUUAUUUGGUGAACUGAGAAAUUAAAUACGUUUAUGCAAUUCAGGUUAUCAAAGCAGACCUUACGUUGAAAACAAACGUUUAGAUGGCCUUGAACUCUGCGCUUAAUUGUUUUAGAUAAGUAAAGUGAUCUAUAGGGGGAAAAUUGCUUUUUUAACUGAAUGUUUAUUUUUCACAUAAGUGAAGGAGUAUAACAUCGGUAUUUCUAUGGUAGGUGAUAAGUGUUGACAUCUACUACCAUAUAUUGUAUAAGUAAAUAAUUGUCUAAGGGAGAGUAUGAAUACAAGUACAACUAUCAACCUACAUGUAACAAAUGAUAUCAAAUUAUAUUUCGCAGAAUUAUAUUUCCUUCAACUUGCAUGUCUUGUGUUUA